CAGCGCUGCACAGCCGUUUAAAAGGUUGAACAUUCAGCCAUAAGAGCUCAAACGCAAUCCAGUUAGAAGCCGGAACGGAUCGUACGCGGAACGGUAACAGCAGAUUGGAGAUACUUAGUGCUCUAGUGUCCAGUGCCAAGUGCCCAUUGCCAAGUGCCAAUCGUCAGUGUCAUCAGAUCCCAGCCAGAAGCAGAGACAAUUAAAAGCCCCCAGUGAAUUAAAUCGGAAAAUGUCGCUAAUACCGUUCAUACUCGACCUGGCCGAGGAGCUGCAUGAUUUUAAUUUCAAUCGCAACGCCAGCCUCGGUCUGGGCCUCGGUAUGGGCAUGGACAUCGACGACGGGUUCGGUAUGUAUCCGCUGGAGCAGCUGGCCGCCGCAUCGGCUUCCACACAGUCGCUCCCGCAGCUGUCGCCCUCGAACAGCACGCGUCGUGGCACACGUCUCGCCCACUCUCAUGGCCACGCCCACUCCCCGACAGCCACCGGUGGGGUUUUGUGGGUGCCUAUCAAGGGUGGGGGACAGGCACAGGCUCAGCAUCGCCAUCAUCCCUACAGCCGUGUGGCCGGCGCCAAGACCGUCUGCUGCAAUAAGUCACUGCUCGAGCUGGAGAAGGAGCUGGGCGACAAGGUCAACUCCUCAUUGGCAACUGCCACGAGCAGCUCGUCGGCAAAUGCCAGCAAAUCGGCAUCGGCCUAUUCGGUGGUCAAUCGCAACGGCUUCCAGGUGAGCAUGAAUGUGAAGCAGUUCGCACCGGACGAGCUCACCGUGAAGACCAUCGAUAAUUGCAUCGUAGUCGAGGGGCAGCAUGACGAGAAGGAGGAUGGCCACGGUGUCAUCUCACGUCAUUUUAUACGCAAAUACAUGUUGCCGAAGGGCUUUGAUCCGGCCGAUGUCCACUCGACGCUGUCUUCGGAUGGCAUUCUAACUGUAAAGGCGCCACCACCGCCACCGCCGCCCGCAUCUAAAGCGGGCGAGGAGCGACCCAUUGAGCGCAUCAUCGACAUUCAGCAGCAGCCGCAGCAGCAGUCGGCUGCAGUACCGCUACCCGUGAUGGCGCAGACGAAGGAUGCGCAGUUGCCAAUUGGAAAAAGUGCAGCCAACGACGUGGAGCAGCCAACCCUAAAAACAGCUGCAGCAGCAGCAGCAACACCAGCAGUCGCUUCCAGCGGCGAGCAGAAGAGCGCUGAAGAGCGCAAUGGCAACGGAGAGGCAGAUGUUGACGUCGACGUCAACGCCGACGUUGACGCUGCCGGCGACGUCAAUGCUAACACAAGCGUUGCUAAAACUGCUGAUGAAACUGCAAAUGCAAAAACAAAAGAAAAAGAGAAAGAGACUGAGUCCGUUGUCCAAACUUCCACUACCAAUUCCAAUUCCAACUCAAUUUCCAUUUCCAAUUCCAAUGGCGACAAUGGAGAACCGCAGCUAACUCCAGAGUCAAAGUCAAUGGAAGUAGAUGAAACUGCUGAGACUGAUAAUGUGGCCACUGCCGUCGUUGCCUCCACAGUUGCAGUAGCAGCCGCUGCCUCUGCCGAAAAGGUGGACUCCACCGACGCCAAUGCCGUCAGUAGCAGUGGCACAGCUUCGGCAGAGGCCGACGCCACGAAAACCGAGGAUGCCAAUGCAAAUGGCAAUUCGUCCAGCUCUGAAUCGAAUUCGAAAACCGAAAAGGCUGCCGUCGUAGAGGAUGCCGAGGACGACACCAUGCCGGCUGCCAAAAAAGCCAAAAUCGAAGUCGAGGAGUUACCUGCAGAGGCAGUAGAGAAAGUUGAAAAGGCCACCAAGGGCGCGGAGGAGAUCGCUGCUGAGGAUGCGGCUAUUCUACUAGCCAAAAAGCAGGCAAGCGAGAACGGCGCAGCCGCCGGUAAGGCGGCAGAGGAGCCAACCCUGGCAGCGGCUAAGUGAAUGUAGAGACUGAUAAUUGAUGCGCAACCCAGAACUAUAAAUUAACUAAGAAAACAAAAACAAAAUAUAAUAAUGAUAAACGAAUAUCAAAUUGGAAUGCGUUUUAAUCUAUAAAUGUUUUAUGUGUUUUUUCAAUAAUUCGCAAUAAAUACAAGAGAUAGGGCCUGCAGGUAGACGAAAUGCGAAAGAGGAAAGAGAUGAGAAACUAUGAUAUGAAAUUAUGAUUUCCUAAACAAGU